AUGCCACUAACAACUACAUCAACAUUAUCGUGCUCGACCUGCCAGGUCUCGUUCGAGACUGUGCAGGAGCAACGACAACAUGCCAAGAGCGAGUUGCAUAUCGAGAACUUGAGGCGAAAGGUGGCCGAUCUGGGCAUCAACACUCUGCCUUCAUCAGACACCUAUCAAGCCCCGAGUUCAAAUCAUCGCUCACAAUCACCCAACGACAAGUCUUCAGAAAGCGACUCUGGGAGCGACCGUGAAGUAAACCAAGACGAAAUGCCCGAGUUUGUGCCCGAAAACUGCAUCUUUUGCUCUCACCAAGCCUCGGACAUCGACGACAAUCUAGCCCACAUGAAGACGACACACAGCCUCACAAUCCCUUUCCAGGACAACCUCGUCGUGGAGCCCGCCACAUUGAUAUGGUAUCUCCACUUUGUUAUCUUUGGAUAUCACGAGUGCAUUCUCUGCGGGACGAGACGACGCACGGUUGAGGGUGUGCAGCAGCACAUGCUCGACAAGGGACAUUGCCGGUUUGAGAUGUCGGAUGAGAUGAUGGAGUUUUAUGAUGUUGAAGGUCUCAAUAGUCACAGCACCCAAGACCUUGUCCGACCCGAUGAGGAUAGCAUUCGAUUACCCUCUGGCAAGAUUCUCUCACAUCGAUCCCAAACCGCUUCAUCAAGCCGGCCACGCAUUACAAACCAGUCAACAUCCACCGACCAAGAACCAGCUGCUAUCCCCGGCGCACCCCCUACUGAUGCCCUCACAAAUCGAGGACGCAAGGAAACAGCCAUGGCAACGCAGCUCUCACGUCUGAGCGUCAAGGACCAGCAGAGCUUGAUACAUCUCUCAGCUCCUCAGCAACGCAGUUUACUUGCACAGAGGAAAAAGGAACUUGAGACUGCACGACGGUCCGAACGGAGAAUGCGAAUUCGGAUGGACAGACACAGCAACAAGGCUACUGUCGAACAUGGCCGUCCAUGGCAAUCGUACCUCUCUAUUUGA